AUGAUUAGACCAUGGAAAUAGCUACUUUUUGUUUAGUUAUUUUAUUUAUAAUUAUAUUAUUUUGACAUUUUAUUGAUUAUUAAUUAUAAUAACAGAAAAAAACUAUUAAAAUAAAGGAACAAAUAAAUAUACAAUGAUUUAAAUAGUAGAAGAUAGAAGUGGUAUACAAAUGAAUUAAUUUUAGAGGGAUAAUAAUCUGAAUAAUUUGGAAUUGAUGAAGCUAUAUCAAGAAGAUGGGAUGAAGGUAAUAAAGCUUUUAAUUAUUAGUCGCUAAUUAACUGAGAUAGGAAAUAUAAGUAUAUAAUAACAAAUAUUGCAAAUUUAGGAACUAUAGCUUUAGCUGUGGCAGUAUGAUGUUGAGAAGAUUUUUUAAAAGGAUCAUGGAGUACCAAAGUAAUAUUUAUAAAAAUUGAAGAAGAUGAAAAUGGGGAAAUCAAACAGACUAUGUAGUAUAUGCUGUAACUAAUUCUAAAAAGGUACUAAAUUUUUAUAUAAAUAGAUGAACUAAUUAUACAGCUACCUUGCAAACAUAUAUAUCACAAAUCUUGUGUUGAAAUUUGGCUUUAAAGUAGUACGAAAUGUCCAAAUUGUCGGUCAGAUGUUUUAGAGCAUUUAAGGGAAUAAGAGAAAUGA